GAUAUCGAUAUAGGCUGCAAGCGGCAAGACAAUACAAAGUAAACAACGCAACUUGAAUAUUUGAACUUAUUUUGUUAUUUCUGAUUCUCAAUUAAGAUAUCUAUUAUUUUUUAUGGUGUUGUUAAUGAAAAUACAAUCAUUAUGAGCAACGAUCAGGAAAGCUUGAGUUCAAAUCCUCUUCUUAUGAGGAAAAUGCUUUUGGAUUACAAUGAAUCUUAUGAAAGAGAGACAUUAGACAUGAAAACUUGGGAAACAGAAAUGAAGAGAAAAGAUAAAGAACUCCUUGCUUCAGCAAAAACUAAAAGUGAAUGGAGUGAUAAUGCAGAAAAGACGGAUGAAGCUAAUAAAAUGGUUUUGCGGAGUAAAGCAAAUACAGAAAAGGAAAAGGGAAAUGCGUUUGUGAAGCAAGGAAAAUGGGAUGAGGCUAUUGCUCAUUACUCGAAAGCCAUGGAAUAUUAUUCAGAGGAUUGCACAUAUUCUGCUAAUCGAGCGUUAUGCUUUUUGAAGACAAACAGGUUUCGGGAAGCAGAAAAGGAUUGCACCACUACACUGUCACUGGACUCUAAAUAUGUGAAAGCCUUUCUUCGUCGUGGUGCUGCCCGAAUGAAGCUGAAGAAGUUGGACGCAGCCAGAGCAGACCUCAACACCGUCCUCAGAUUGGAGCCGAAAAAUUCAGAAGCUAGAAGAUACCUGGUCGAUUUGGAAAAAGAAAGCGCUAGUAAUGCAACAAAUAAUGAAAGUAUACAUUCUGAGGAAGACCUUACUGAAGAAGUUAGAAGAAAAAGGGCGGAGGAUGAGAAAGAAAAGGGAAAUGCGUGUGUGAAAGAAAGAAAAUGGACUGAGGCUAUAGCUCACUAUACAAAUGCUAUCGAGAAGCAUUCAGAAGACUGCACUUUCUUUGCAAAUCGUGCACUGUGCUAUUUGAAGAUUUCCAGAUUUGAGGAUGCUGAAAGUGACUGUUCGCGAUCUCUCUCAGUGGACUCUUCCUAUGUGAAAGCCUAUUUACGGCGGGCAGCGGCUAGGAUAGAACUCAAGAAAUUCGAUGAUGCAAAAUCAGAUCUGAAUGUUGUCCUGAAACUCGAACCGAACAACUCUGAGGCCAAGACGUAUUUGAAGAAAUUGAAACCUUGCAAAGGAAUAGAAGUAAUUGGCUCUGAAGUGAACAAUGAUGACCCACCCAGAAUAGAAUCGCAAAAUCAAGUAGAACCUCAUUCCAACACUUAUAGUCGAGGCACUGUUGAAAUAGAUAGAAUAAAACAGAGACCAGCUAAAACAGAUAACUCCACUCCAUUGAAGGACAAUACUAACUCUCAGACCUCAUUGAAUUCUCCAGAGAGAAGCACGUCUGUCUCGAAAAAGAUUCAUCCUCCUCCAAAGAACUCCUAUCAAUUCUUCUCUGCUUGGAACGAUUUGAAAGGAAAUCCUAAAGAUGUAUUCCUGUAUUUGAAACAAAUUGAAGGAAGUCAGUUACCAAUAAUUCUUCAAAAUUCACUGGAAAGUGGGCCUCUCAGUAGUAUUGUCUCUAUUCUUGCAACAGAAUUCAUAGAUAAUGACGUAUCGGCAUAUCCGUAUCUGGAAGGACUGAUGAAAGUUCCAAGAUUUGACAUCAUGGCGCUUUUGAUGUCAAAGGAAGAUAAACAAGGUAUUGAAAAAAUUGUGCAGUUCUCAUUGCGUAGAAGAGAAAUCACAGAAGACCAAGCUGCUGAAUUGAAAAGGACAUUCCACCUCUAGGUGACGUCUUGUGACUGCCAAAUUAUGUAUCAGGUGUGAAAUAUUCAAAUCCUCUCUGAAAUUUUAUGAUUUCUAAUUUCUACUAUUUUUUCUAAUUUCUUGAAAACUAUAAAUGAUUCAAAGAAUGUUUCUCCCAGUAUAAGUCGUUCAUUAUAAAGAAAAAGAAUAAUAAUCAUUUCUUGAUUAUUUUUAUCAGAUAAGAAUAAUUCAAGUUAACGGUAUCUUUUCUCUAUAUCUUUGUUAUAAACUUGUCCCUAUAAAAAGUUAUACCACUUGGA